GGUAAGCCGCAUGAGGCGCACCCCGUCGGGACGCUGCAGUACAACUCGCCGGAGCUGCUCGACGGCAACUGGUGCUACGGCCCGGCCGUCGACAUGUGGGGCCUUGGCUGCGUAAUGGCUGAGCUCCUGACUGCUGAGACCCUAUUCGAUCUGGAGACACGGGAGGAGAUGCUCGACGAGAUGUCCAAGCUUCGAGAUCAGAUGGCCUCCGCGGCAGGGAAGCUUGAUCCGGAGUGCUUGGCGCAUCUGCCUGAGGGCGGGCGUGAUGUGCUAACAGGCCUGCUGGCCUUCCGCCCAGAUGAGAGGCGCACCGGACGCGGCGGGCUGCCAGACGGAGCGGGAGGUGGCGGCUUGGGGUGGCAGAGCGCGACUGGGGGUGGGAGAGGAGGAACGACAUGGAGGCGGCGUGGGUUGUCGCCGCCAUGGUGGGCAAGCUGGCGGCGGCGGAGUGGGAUUAGGGGAGGAGACUGGUGA